GGGAGUCUGGGAGGUCUGGGGAGACAGCGCUGAAGCUUCUCACCAGCUUGGCUGGUGACAACCGGUGUGGCCCGGCCUGCGUCAGCGGGAGGGACUUGCCCACCUUGUGGGCUCCUCUGCCAGAGCCGGCGGAGGCUAGCGGGGCGGGGCGACUGCGGGGGCCCCUCGGAUACGAGCCGGGGGAGUUGCGAGGAGGCUGUCGGGGGCGCUCGGGCUCGCUGCCCAGGCCGGGCCGAGCCCCCGCGGAGCCCUAGAGGCGAACAGCCCAAGGGUCGGAGGCGCCUGGAAGGAGCUGCCUGUCGCCCCACGGAGCUGACAAGUGCCGGAGUUCGUUUGCGCCGCUCAGAAAUUGGCACGGAGCUUGGUGGAUCAUGUCUGGCACCAACAGCCCCGAGGCGGUUAAGAAGCUGCUGGAGAAUAUGCAGAGCGACUUGCGGGCCCUGUCCCUGGAAUGCAAGAAGAAAUUCCCACCUGUCAAGGAGGCUGCUGAAUCAGGAAUAAUAAAAGUUAAAACAAUAGCUGCACGAAACACCGAAAUUUUGGCAGCAUUGAAAGAGAACAGCUCAGAGGUUGUUCAGCCUUUUCUAAUGGGUUGUGGAACCAAGGAACCGAAGAUCACUCAGCUAUGUUUAGCCGCCAUUCAGAGGCUCAUGUCCCAUGAAGUUGUGUCUGAGACUGCAGCUGGAAAUAUAAUUAACAUGCUUUGGCAGCUAAUGGAAAAUAGUCUUGAAGAACUUAAGCUGCUUCAAACAGUUCUUGUUCUUUUAACAACCAAUACAGUAGUUCAUGACGAGGCACUCUCAAAGGCAAUUGUUCUUUGUUUUCGACUACACUUCACAAAAGAUAAUAUUACAAAUAAUACAGCUGCUGCUACAGUGCGACAAGUUGUUACUGUUGUUUUUGAGAGAAUGGUUGCUGAAGAUGAACGACACAGAGAUGUUGUAGAACAACCAGUACUAGUCCAAGGAAAUAGUAACAGAAGAUCUGUCAGUACCCUCAAACCUUGUGCUAAAGAUGCGUAUAUGCUUUUCCAGGACCUUUGUCAGUUGGUUAAUGCUGAUGCCCCUUACUGGCUAGUAGGCAUGACAGAAAUGACCCGAACAUUUGGCCUCGAAUUACUUGAGUCAGUCUUGAAUGAUUUUCCACAAGUCUUUUUACAACAUCAGGAAUUUAGUUUCCUCCUCAAAGAAAGGGUAUGUCCUCUUGUGAUAAAGCUCUUUUCUCCAAAUAUAAAGUUCAGACAAGGUUCCAGCACUUCAUCUUCUCCAGCACCAGUUGAAAAACCAUAUUUUCCUAUCUGCAUGCGUUUGCUGAGAGUAGUAUCUGUUCUGAUUAAGCAAUUUUACAGUCUUUUGGUAACUGAAUGUGAAAUAUUUCUGUCACUUCUGGUGAAAUUUCUGGAUGCAGAUAAACCACAGUGGCUACGAGCUGUUGCAGUGGAAUCAAUACACAGACUCUGUGUGCAGCCUCAGCUAUUGAGGUCAUUUUGUCAGUCCUAUGAUAUGAAACAGCAUUCUACCAAGGUUUUUCGUGAUAUUGUGAAUGCACUGGGAUCUUUUAUCCAGUCCUUGUUUCUUGUCCCUCCUACUGGAAAUCCUGCUACGACAAACCAAGCUGGAAACAGUAAUUCAGGUGGCCCUGUCUCAGCACCAGCUAACUCAGGAAUGUUGGGGAUUGGUGGAGGUGUUACUUUGCUACCAGCAUUUGAAUAUAGAGGAACUUGGAUACCUAUUCUGACUGUAACAGUACAAGGCAGUGCUAAAGCAACCUACCUAGAGAUGUUGGACAAAGUUGAGCCCCCGACUAUACCAGAAGGUUAUGCUAUGUCCGUGGCAUUCCAUUGUUUGCUAGACCUUGUACGUGGAAUCACUAGUAUGAUUGAAGGAGAGUUAGGAGAGGUUGAAACAGAAUGUCAGACUACUACCACUGAAGCAGUUUCUUCACCAACACAGUCAUCAGAACGGCAAGAAUUACAGUCAACAUCAGACCAAAUGGAUAAAGCAAUAGUUAGUAGAGCUGUUUGGGAAGAAAUGGUGAAUGCCUGCUGGUGUGGUCUGCUUGCUGCACUCUCACUCCUUCUUGAUGCCAGCACAGAUGAAGCUGCCACUGAGAAUAUUUUAAAAGCUGAACUGACUAUGGCUGCUCUUUGUGGAAGACUGGGUCUUGUAACUUCAAGAGAUGCCUUUAUAACUGCAAUAUGCAAAGGUUCCCUGCCUCCCCAUUAUGCUCUUACUGUAUUGAAUACCACCACUGCAGCCACACUUUCCAACAAAUCAUAUUCCAUUCAGGGCCAAAGUGUUAUGAUGAUCAGUCCAUCAAGUGAAUCUCACCAGCAAGUUGUGGCAGUGGGUCAACCGCUAGCAGUCCAGCCUCAAGGGACAGUAAUGCUAACUUCCAAAAAUAUCCAGUGUAUGAGGACUUUACUUAACUUGGCACACUGCCAUGGGGCUGUUCUUGGAACAUCAUGGCAACUUGUCUUGGCAACUCUGCAGCAUCUCGUAUGGAUCCUGGGAUUAAAGCCUAGUAGUGGUGGUGCCUUGAAACCUGGGAGAGCUGUAGAAGGACCCAGCACAGUUCUAACAACAGCAGUGAUGACAGAUUUGCCAGUGAUUUCCAACAUACUUUCAAGAUUGUUUGAAAGCUCACAGUAUCUUGAUGACGUAUCAUUGCAUCAUUUAAUAAAUGCACUUUGUUCCUUAUCCCUAGAAGCAAUGGAUAUGGCCUAUGGAAAUAAUAAGGAACCAUCUCUUUUUGCUGUUGCCAAAUUGUUAGAAACUGGUCUAGUUAACAUGCACCGAAUAGAAAUUCUAUGGAGACCUCUAACUGGCCAUCUACUUGAGGUGUGCCAGCAUCCAAACUCUCGAAUGAGAGAAUGGGGAGCAGAAGCUUUAACUUCACUUAUUAAAGCAGGAUUAACAUUUAACCAUGAUCCUCCACUUUCACAAAACCAGAGGCUGCAGUUGCUUUUGCUGAACCCAUUAAAGGAGAUGUCCAGUGUUAACCAUCCAGAUAUCCGACUCAAGCAAUUAGAAUGUGUGUUGCAGAUUCUGCAGAGUCAGGGAGACAGUCUUGGGCCUGGAUGGCCAUUAGUGCUUGGAGUUAUGGGAGCAAUCAGAAAUGAUCAAGGAGAAUCCUUGAUACGAACUGCAUUCCAGUGUCUUCAGUUGGUUGUGACAGAUUUUCUACCAACAAUGCCUUGCACUUGCCUGCAGAUAGUUGUAGAUGUUGCAGGUAGUUUUGGACUUCAUAACCAAGAACUUAAUAUUAGUUUAACUUCAAUAGGUUUAUUGUGGAAUAUUUCAGAUUAUUUUUUCCAAAGAGGAGAAACUAUUGAAAAAGAAUUAAAUAACGAAGAGGCAGCACAGCAAAAGCAGGCAGAAGAGAAAGGAGUGGUUUUAAAUCGGCCGUUCCACCCUGCACCACCGUUUGAUUGCUUGUGGUUGUGUCUUUAUGCAAAAUUGGGUGAACUGUGUGUGGACCCCCGUCCUGCUGUCAGGAAGAGUGCAGGGCAAACUCUGUUUUCGACAAUUGGUGCACAUGGAACUUUAUUACAGCACUCAACGUGGCACACUGUUAUUUGGAAGGUUCUCUUUCAUCUAUUGGACCGAGUUCGAGAGUCUUCUACCACUGCAGACAAAGAAAAGAUUGAGUCCGGAGGUGGCAAUAUUCUCAUUCAUCAUUCAAGGGACACAGCAGAGAAGCAAUGGGCUGAGACAUGGGUUUUAACAUUGGCCGGAGUAGCAAGAAUCUUCAACACUAGAAGAUAUUUACUGCAACCUUUAGGAGAUUUUUCAAGAGCAUGGGAUGUUCUUCUUGACCAUAUACAAUCAGCAGCACUCAGCAAAAACAAUGAAGUAUCUCUGGCUGCGCUGAAAAGCUUCCAGGAAAUUUUACAGAUUGUGACCCCUGUCAGAGACUCAGAUAAGCCUGAGACACCACCUGCAGUUAAUGUCCCUGUGCCUGUCCUUUUAGGGUCCAUAUCAGGCCCUGGCCUGAACAGGCCAUUUUUCAGAACAGAUUCCAUUGGAGAAAGACUUGGAAGAUAUAGCAGCUCUGAGCCACCCAUAGUUACUGAUGAGCUUGAAGAUUUGAAUCUCUGGUGGGCUGCAUGGAAUACCUGGUAUAGAGUUGGAUCUGAAAGCACUAAGCCUCCUAUUACUUUUGAUAAACUAACUUUCAUUCCCAGCCAGCCUUUUCUUACAGCUUUAAUUCAGAUAUUUCCAGCUCUUUACCAACACAUAAAAACUGGUUUCAACAUGGAUGAUUUGCAAAAGUUGGGAGUCAUACUACACAGUGCCGUUUCAGUCCCAAUAAGUUCAGAUGCAUCCCCUUUCAUUCUUCCAUCUUAUACUGAAGCAGUUUUGACAAGUUUACAGGAAGCUGUACUUACAGCUCUAGAUGUUCUCCAAAAGGCCAUCUGUAUAGGACCGGAAAACAUGCAGAUAAUGUAUCCAGCUAUAUUUGACCAGUUAUUGGCAUUUGUAGAAUUUUCCUGUAAACCUCCACAGUAUGGACAGCUAGAAACAAAACACAUUGCUAAUGCAAAAUAUAAUCAGAUCCAACUAUUUGCACCGGCGGAAUGGGUAGCCUUGAAUUAUGUACCAUUUGCUGAAAGGUCUUUAGAAGUAGUUGUGGAUUUAUACCAAAAAACAGCCUGUCACAAAGCAGUGGUGAAUGAGAAAGUACUCCAGAAUAUUAUUAAGACUCUUAGGGUCCCUCUCAGUUUGAAGUAUUCCUGCCCUUCUGAAAGCACAUGGAAACUAGCAGUAUCUUCUCUCCUCAAAGUUCUUUCUAUUGGGCUACCUGUUGCCCGGCAGCAUGCUUCUUCUGGAAAAUUUGACAGUAUGUGGCCAGAACUAGCCAACACUUUUGAAGACUUUCUCUUUACUAAAAGCAUACCUCCAGAUAACCUCUCUAUUCAAGAAUUUCAAAGAAAUGAAAGUAUUGAUGUUGAGGUAGUUCAGCUUAUCAGCACUGAGAUACUACCUUAUGCCAAUUUUAUUCCUAAGGAAUUUGUUGGUCAGAUAAUGACUAUGCUUAAUAAGGGAUCAAUACAUUCUCAGUCAUCUUCAUUUACAGAAGCAGAGAUUGAUAUUCGUUUGAGAGAAGAAUUUUCUAAAAUGUGUUUUGAAACACUGCUCCAGUUUUCCUUCAGUAAUAAAGUCACAACACCUCAAGAAGGCUACAUCUCACGAAUGGCACUCUCAGUGCUUCUAAAGAGGUCUCAAGAUGUACUACAUCGUUAUAUAGAGGAUGAAAGAUUAAGUGGUAAAUGCCCUCUUCCAAGGCAACAAGUAACAGAAAUCAUAUUUGUCUUAAAAGCAGUCAGUACUCUCAUUGAUUCACUUAAGAAAACUCAGCCUGAGAAUGGAAGUCUUCCAAAGUUUAAAGAAAGAAAAGUUGAUGGAAAUACCUGGGCACAAGUAAUUGCCUUAUACCCAACUUUAGUAGAAUGCAUCACCUGCUCAUCUUCAGAAGUCUGCUCUGCACUUAAAGAGGCACUAGUUCCUUUUAAGGAUUUCAUGCAACCACCAGCAUCCAAAGUUCAAAAUGGAGAAUCUUGACCAGCUACAAUAAAUUUUAAGAAGAAUGAUAUACGAAAAUGUUUGCUCCUCAGUGAAUUUUCUGUGAGAAGGACGUUUCUUACUACAAAUAAUUCUUGGCAGCUGUUGUUAGCCUCCUUUAAAUUGUACUUACCUGAGUUAAGUAAUUCAUAUUACAAGCUUACAUGUCAACAAAGGUUCCUGAAUGAGUAGCAGUGCAAGCCUUUAAUAAAUUAAACUGAUGGGAGAGAUAGUUAAUACUACAGCAUACCUGCUACCAUAUCUUCAGUUGGUGAUUUAAAAGUAAGCUUAUGUACAGUUUGUGGUGUAUGUGUUAAUGAUGUACUUUUUCAAAAGAAAGAAACUUCAUUUUGUCAGAUUUAUUAGGCUGGUGUUUUUGCACCCUUUUUCUAGUACAAAAUUGUACUAAAAUUUUAUGCAAGAUGGUACUGUAACAUUCCAUAUUGUCUAUAACCAGCCUUUGUAAACAAAGGGAACUGAUAUACUUGUGUGUAUAAUAAAUGGUACAGUUCUGUAUAAAAUAGUUGCAUUUAUUAUUUAAAUUUUUAAAAUAUUGAUAAUGUUAAAUGCUUGAAACUGUAUUUAUUAUUAAUACAAAGUUGUUUGCUUACAUUUUUACUUAUAAUUUGCCUUCUUAAGUGGCAGAUAUGUUUAUCGUGUGAUCAUGCAGUUAGCUUAAUGCUUAUUUUAAAUGUAUUUACUAGUGACUAUUAAACAUCUGACCAGAAAGGUCAUGAGAACACAGCAGCAGAUAGUUUAUGAUUUGCUGAUAUUGCAACUUUGAAGUAUAGGUUAUUAUUAAAACUUAAUAUAUUGAGAUAAAUUGUAGCACUAUGACUCCAUCAUACCUCAUUUCUUUAAAUAUUGUUCCCAGAUUUCACUUAAGUCUGUCUCUUUUUAUAUUUGCUGUCUGGAUUUUAAAGACUAUUUUAUAUUUCUACUGAUUUUUUUUUUUCCCCACUGAAUAACAACAUUGAUCACUGUCUUUGAAAUAUGACCCAGGCAAGAUAAUUUUAGAUUUCCUAAAAUUUUGCUGUGAGGUUUUGUUCAUUUGAGUGCUUCCUUUUGUAACAUAUUCUCAAGAAGAAAAUAACUAUGCUAACCCACAAAUAUAAAAUAUGUGUGUAUUCUAAAACAAUGAGAAGUGUAUUUUUAGAGAUGUGAAGCAUUUAGAAGUACAGUAAACUUUCUGUCAUGGAGUAAAAUGCUAAUUUUGUUUCACUUUCCUAUCUUAGUGAAGAAGAGGAGUGCUCUUGAAUACACUAACUUAAUUAUUUCUUAAAAAACUGGCCUAGCUCAGUGUAUUUUUUUCUUUAAUGGAUUAUGAUAUUAUAUUUUUCUUCUGAGUUAAAUUUUCAUAAUUAUUUAUGUGAAGACUCAAAGAUGUUUUAAAAAUGAUUAUUUGUAAGAAAUUAUGAUGGUCUUAGUAUUAUUUUAGUGUUCUGGAAGGCCUUUGAUUUUAAUAGAAUUUAUAAAUUUCAGCCUCUCUAGAGUAAGUAUAAAACUACAAGAGGAUAUUAGAAUUGAGUAAUGAAUUAGACACAGUUUUGAGGCUGUUGUAAUUGUGUAUUUAUUUAAUUUGCACUAGUAUCUGUGAACAUGUGAUACGGUCUUUUUUUUCGAGCGGAUGUUAUUUUUCUUUACACUAAUUAAUGAAUUUCUAUUUUAUAAUUUCACCUAAAAUUAAGGUAAAAUAUGGCAUUU